CUAAUUGCUUCUUGCGCAAUAAGCUGAAAUUAAACAGCUUUGCUCAGUUCUCAAGCCAAACAAAAAAAAACUGUGUCGACUUUGGCAAUGAAAGUAGCGGAGAAGAUUGUUAUCCUCUGGAAUGAUUCCGAUGGAUUUGCUGCAACCAUUGCUGAUGCUCUAAACCCUAACCAAAGUUCCCCUCUUCGCAAACUAGAAGAACAGAUCCACCUUCCGUUGGAUAAGUAUGGUGUCGAAGGUGCGGAAACCGGCGGGAGUAUCGUUCAUUUCGUCGAUGAAAAUGGAGUUUAUCAGGUCUCGAUUUUUCUUCUUCGAAGCUAUGAGCCUCCAGUACUAGUGUGUGCUAUGAAUGAACUGCUGGACCUAAUUACACGGGAAGCGUCAACCCUACCCACAAUUGUAGCUCCUUUUCUUGUGGCGGCAUCUAAGCUUAAGUUCAAUAACAGAUCCUAUGAAGCAAAUAACAGAACAGCUAGUCUUCACUACGUUCAAGUUGGUCCAGAAACAGAGAUCAGUAGGCUAUUUGCUUCACGCAUCGAGAAACCACCGCCAUUGAUGCAGAUUCAUUAUGAACCUUUGUCAUGCUUGCUUCACCUAGCUCGUGUCAAACGCCUGCCUACCUCUAUUCUCAUUGGGCAAAGAAGUAGUAGCCUAUCUCAUAAAGCUCUAGAUCAAGACCUUCAGGUGAUACAUGAAACAGGGGAGCUCGUGGCUAGUUGGACUGGACUGUCUUUCUCAAGAGACAGAAUCAAGUGGAGCGCAAAAAAGACAUCAAAAGAAGAAGAAAGUCCGUGGCGUGCUCUUUAUGGUUAAUCUUCACAGGUCAGGUCAGGUCUUUUUCAUGGCCUAACACUGCUACAGUCUUUGCUUGGACCUGCACUAAAUUUCCCUGUUGUACCUCUUUUGUUUAUGCUCAGCUGAAUCAAUUCCAUGUCACUGC